AUGUCAUUCGUUCUUGCUUUGGUGGGGUCAAUAGCACCUUUAUUGCCAGUGGCAGCGAAAUUCACAGGCAUAUAUAAAUACCUGUAUAUAUCUGGAAUUGAAGUGGUUGUGAGAGCAGAUGCAGUAGUUCGUGUUCCAGCUACAAGUAGCAAAGGAGCUGGACCUUCUAUGUUAGAAGGGCAAAGUGGCUAUGGUUCAACCAUGCAAGACUCACCAAAAUUCACAUAUGGAGACUACCCUGCAGCUACCCAAAAAAUUCUAGAAGGUCUACUUCAACAACUUCUUUCUUUAAAGUGGAGUGAACCUGAAUUAGUUGAAGUUAUCGGGCACUAUUCAGGGAAACCGAGUUUUUCAAGGACUUGUGUACCUACUCAAGGAGAUUUUGGACCUCUUAUCUCAGAAAUCAGUGCUACACCAAAUUUCGUCCCUACCGUGAGCAACAAUCCACCUUUUAACAACAAGAAGAGUAAUAUUGGUUUGAUUGUAUGGAUUUUGGUUCCGGUUGUAGUUGUUCUAAGAAGAUAUAUAAAGAUAUACACAGAACUUCGUUCACCUGUGGAGAAAGAUGAAAUCAUAUUUGAGGACCUAGAUGCGUUCACUACAUCUAUUAUUGCUUAGAGCAAUGGUUGCAAGAGAUGAGUUCAGAAGAAGAAGAAACAAGGCUGCAACUAUAGUUCAGGUACUAU